AUGACUUUCUCAAGACUUGUUGAGGUUGGCCGCGUUGUCAACAUUACUUUUGGUCCCGAUGCUGGCAAACUUGCCGUUAUUGUUGAGAUCAUUGAUCACGGACGAGUUCUCGUUGACGGUCCCACCACCGGUGUUACUCGCCAGUCUCUUCCCUUUAAGCGUCUUGCCCUUACCUCGAUUGUUUUGAAGAUUCCUCGCGGUGUUGGCUCUUAUGCUCUCAAGGGUAUGGUCGAAAAGCAGGACCUUUUGGGUCUUUGGGGCCAGACUGCAUGGGCCAAGAAGAUCCAGCAGCGUGCUACUCGUGCUGCUCUCACUGACUUUGAGCGUCACAACCUGCGUCGCCUCCGCGCUCAGAAAACUGCAGUUAUUGCUAAAUGCCUCGCCAAAACAAAGUCUCAGUAA